CCCUUGUGUGUGUAUCCUGACGAUUUGAUGAUGGUGGCGGGGGGACUCCAUCACGUUUCAGGAUCUGCGUACAAGAUCAUAAACCAGAGGGCUUAUCAUCAUGGAACGAUGCUUAUCAAUGCAAAAUUAAAUGAUCUUGGGGAUGUGUUGCGUAAUACCAAGAUAACGAUGCGAACAAAAGGAGUAGAUUCCGUACGAUCCCCAGUAAAGAAUCUGUGUCAGUUUACGACCUUACGACAUACGCCCAUCUCGCAUGAAUCUUUCGUCACUGCUGUUUCCCAGCAGUUUUCAGAAAUGUAUUAUGCACCUGAUGGAAUAAUACGUCUACCCAUUCAAGAUGUGUACGAGACUUCUCAUGCUCAUAUACCUCGAAUACAGGAAGUACGUAAAGAGCUGCAGAGCUGGGAAUGGGCGUAUGGGCAGUCACCAGAGUUUACCCAUGUCAUCGCGAACACGUUCUCGUGGGGAAAGGUUGUAAGUGAAAGAUAUUAAGUUUUUCCUGACUACGAGGUUGUUGUUGAAACAACCGGAAUCUAAAAUGGUGGCAGAAUGCAAGCUUCCAUAGCAAACGAGGCCUCAUCCUCGCUUGCGACAUAUCCUACCUCCCGCCACCACCACAGCACUCUCUGAAAUCGUUGGAUGCAGAAAUCAUAACAAGAACGUGCAAAACGUUGGGAGAGGAUUUGGUUGGAAAAAAAUAUGGCGUACUGGAGGGUGUGGAUUCUAAUGGUACACUUCUGGAUCCAGCGGAGGUGAGACGGGACAUAUUAGAGUGGCUAUUAGAUGACAUGUAGCAAAUUAAUUGGACACUGGGCGCUGGAAUACUUUUUUUUUUUUCUAAAUUGGCG